AUGCCGAAAAGGGGGACUGCUAAGGAAGCAGAAAAGGCUCCCACCAUAGAGGAGCAACUACAACACUGUAUCGCCGAGGUUCAAAACAAAGCCCUUGAAAUUGAAGGACUGAAGGCUAAAACGAAGGCCUUGCAAACCUAUAAGGAGAUGUAUGAAAAAUUGAAACAAGAACAUGAUGCGUUUGUUGAAGAAUUAAAACAUCGAGAAGCAGAGUCUAUUCAAGUAGCAAACUUUCUGAGAAAAGAUUUAGAAUUAAAGAAUCGAACAAUUUUGCAACAUCAAAAGGAUUUGUCUGAAAAUACACAACAUCAUAAGCAACUGGUUACUAAAUUGGAGAAACAGUUGGAGGAAGCCAAACAGCGAUUCUCAGAGGACCUGUUGACAAAGGAUACAGAGCUACUGAAUUUAGAAAAGGCUUUGUCGUUACAGGACGAAUUAAAGAAAGAGCUGGAAAAAUAUAAACAACUGUAUCAUGAAAAAGAACAAGAAAACGAGCAAAUACGGAAAUUUUUUGACGCAGAGUUAACAAAAUCCAAACAAAUAUUUAUUAAGGAAACGAUGAGGUCACGAAAAGAAGAGAGUGGAAUUCAAGAACAAUUCGAGAGAGAAGUUGAGGAGCGAGCUCUCCAGCUGAUUGACGAAAAAAGUAGAUCAAUCUAUGAACAGAAUAUUCUCUUGAAGGCACAGCUUGAAGAGUGUCAACAAGAACUUCGUGAGUGUUCACAAGAAAAAGAAAAAUACAAGCAAGAAAAUAAGAAUCUCACACGUACCAUCGAAAUGAAUAAGGAUCUUCUCAAAGAAUAUACGAAACAGUGUUUCAACUUGUCCAAAGAAUUGCGAACCAUGAACCAAAAAUAUGACACCGAGAAGGUCUUUGUCGAUUUAGAAAAGAGGUUUAACGAAGAAAAGCAUGAUUUGAAAGAAAAAUAUGAACAGCAGAUUAAGGAUUUAGAGAAAAAACGAGAUGAGCUUUCCAAAAUUUUGCAAAUUCGAAACAGAGAAUUAAAUCAUAUUCGAAAGAUUGGUAAGAAAUUGUUAGAGCAACGAACCGAAUUGGAAAUGUUCUUUAACGAAGCACUUGGUACAGUGAAAGAACAAUUGAAAAAUCCACCUAGUAGUAGUAAUGUUGUGACCUAUGCAAAAACUCAAGUCGAAGAACUACGAGGACAAACAAAUCAAUCUCUUCCACCAAUUUCUAAAUCUCCAGUACUUCCUCCUGAUCAACAACCUCCCCAACCCUCAUUUCCAUCACUCUCUUGGCAAGAUAAGGAAAAAGUUCUCAAAAUAUUGUUUGAUAAGAUUAAUGGAAUACCUUCUAAAAAUCAAAACUCGCAGCAAACCAACAAACACACUUCAAACAAUUCCUUUCAAGAAAGCCCAAAGCCAGUCAAGCUUAAACUUCAAAAUUCAUUGGCUAGUUUGAAUCAAGCGUUUAGAACAGGAACACCAUCCAGUAAUCGAUCUACAGAUUUUAUGUUUGGAGAUUGA